AUGCCAUCUUCCAAAUCGUCUAUGGUCGAUGACCACUCCGCACCCGACCUGGAGAUUGUCGGCAAGCAAUUGACUAUCCACCCCUCAGGCUUUACUGGGGGACCUGAAACUCAAGAUGAAAUCACCGAGCGUAACCUAGUUCGCCACAUGGCGCGGUUUCGCGAGAACCCCUUUGAUUUCCUUCGCGAAGUGAGCCUGUACAUGUCCGGCACCGGUUGGCGCGCAUACGACGAUGCUAUUGGUCAACCGAUCUUCUACUCUGGGUUUUCCGAAAGAAUGAAGAGCUCGAUAUUGGAUAGCCCGUUGUUGCAGGACAAGAUCUCGGAACUGGCCAAGGGACGACUGACGGUGGAAGAAAAAGAGGGGUUAUUGGCAAUCAAGGAAGGUGCCACACUGGAUGAUAAGCGUGCGCGUCGAAGGACUGAGAUUCAAGGCAAUCUUUUGGAGGUUGUGGAUACGAUGAUGGAUAAGAUGAUCUGCAAGAUGGAAAGCAAAAGGUUUAUUCGGGGUGCUUAUUAUAUGUGCACACAACUAUUGACCCGCGCCUACCAUCAAGGCAUUCAUGUGUCCAGCGAGGAAGUGUUACGCCUGAGGUCCGUGGCUGAGACUGCUGCCAAGAAGAAACAAUCCAUCGUCUUCUUGCCCUGCCACAAAUCGCAUGUGGACUAUGUUUCGCUGCAGCUCAUCUGCUAUCGGCUCGGAAUUGCCCUUCCGGUUGUUGUCGCUGGCGAUAAUCUAAACAUUCCGUUGUUGGGUCCUUUCUUACAACACGCAGGUGCCAUGUGGAUUCGACGCAGCUUCGGGAAUGACCCAUUGUAUCAUACUGUGGUGCAGGCAUACAUUGACACACUGCUACAACAAGGAUUUAACUUCGAAUGCUUCAUUGAGGGUGGUCGCUCAAGGACCGGAAAACUGCUUUCCCCCAAGUUCGGAAUCCUGAGUUUCAUCAUGGAUAGUCUGUUAUCGGGUCGGGUGGAGGAUACUAUCAUCUGCCCCGUCAGUACACAAUAUGACAAGGUCAUCGAAACUGAGUCAUACAUCAGUGAGCUACUUGGUCAGCCAAAGGCGAAGGAGAAUCUGGCCGAUCUUCUUUCUUCUUCUUCGGUCUUAUCACUGAAGCUGGGCCGUGUCGACGUUCGGUUCCAUGAACCAUGGAGUCUUCGAGAAUUCAUUGGCCAGCAACUUACACGACUGGAUCACCCAAACGCCGACCUUAAUACCAGGCUUAGUUACACCGACCGAGGUCGCAUCCUUCGAACCUUUGGUUAUCGAGUGUUGUCAGAGAUCAAUGACGUUUCUGUAAUGAUGCCCACGGCUCUUGUAGGAACCGUUCUUUUGACCUUGCGCGGCCGUGGUGUAGGCAAAGGCGAACUAUGCCGCCGACUGGACUGGCUUUGCGAGCGAGUACGAGAUAAAGGUGGCAGAGUAGCACAUUUCUACCGUUCGCCUACGGAGCUCGUGGUUGAUCGUGCACUUGAAGUCCUGGGACCCAAACUCGUCGGGGAGAUCUCUGGGCUGGUCGAGCCAACAUAUUAUGCUGUGGAUCGUUUCCAGCUUUCGUUCUAUCGCAACAUGCUCAUCCACCUCUUUAUCACCGAGGCGCUUGUUUCUGUGGCUAUGUAUACCAAGAUCAAACAAGGCGGUGGACCCGCCCACCAAAGAAUCACUUACGAGGAAUUGAAGAGUCAAGUCUCCUUCCUAUCUCAACUUUUCCGUGGCGAAUUCAUCUUCCCGCCCGAAGGUCUCGCUAGCAAUUUCGAGAAAACUAUGCGGGAUUUAGAGAAGGACGAUGUGAUCAAGAUCACUCGAAACGUAUCCUUCACACCUCUUUACAUCGAAUUGAGUGAAGCUGAACGGCUUUGUGGCCGCGAAAACUACGACUUCUACUGCUUCUUGAUCUGGCCUUUCCUAGAGGCCAACUGGCUGGGGGCCGUGUCUCUUCUUGGAUUGACACCGCCUUUGGAUGGACCAAGUGACAUUUGGAUUGAUUCUAAGAAAGCACAGGACAGUGCUCAAGUCCUGGGCAAAACAUUAUAUCACCAGGGAGAUCUCUCGUAUUUCGAAGCCGUCAACAAGGAAACUCUGAAGAACUCUUAUCAAAGAUUUGAAGAAGAGGGCAUCAUUCUAGUUGCGAAGAACAAAGAACUGAAAGCUGGUGCAUCCCUCCGACUCGCCCCCGAGUGGGCACCGCAACGUGACCCUAGUACCGGAAAGGUCUUGGAAGGCGGGCGGCUAUGGGACUUUACCGAACUAAUUGCACAAUCUCGUCGUGAAGGCAAAAACCGCCGAGAUGGUGCAACUGUUUCCUCGCGUGUUCUCGCUAUGUCUGAUCAUGUUGGACGCCAGUUGUUCCAAAAUGCCGCAGCCCCAGCCCCCGCUGAUGUAUCCUCGCGGCAGAUGCGUCGAAAAGCCCUUGGCACCGAGGCCAAAUUAUAA